AUGCUGCCCAGACUGCACACGGAAAUGGUUGAAGACAGCGACACAAAGCUGGAGAGGAAGAGGAGCAAGCGACAACGCAUCGUGCAGUUCUUCAGAUGGAGGAAGCAAAAGCCACAGAGUCACGAUGAGGUAUCUAAACCGACGAUUAUCGAAGAAACGACCCCGCCAAAGCCUGCCCGUGAGUCGGACGUCACCGAAGUGACUCCAUUCAAGCAACCGAACACGCCCGUCGACAACUCGAGGAUCUCGCCCAUGGAGCAGCAGGAAGAAGUGGCCCCCUUACCUACUUCACCACCAGAAGCGAGAGUGACAGAAACGGUCGAGACCCUGAGCGAGGCACAGAUUCACACUCUCUUCGCAGGGGCCCCGCAAUUCAGCCUCAGGGAGGUAGAUGGCCCUCUCGCUGCUAUAGUAACAUACCCAUGGGACAGCGAAGGCAAUAAAAAGGAUGCUUCCGAUUCAGUGCCUCUGGUCGAGCCCGCCUUUUUGGCUGCAACACUACGGCAACAAUCUCCGGAUAAGGGGAACAACUACCAGGGCUACGAAGUGAACGUUGUCGAAGUUCCCAGCAUGCUUAAUGCUCAAGGUAUCGAACCUGGAAGCAUUGGCUUUUCUCACUUUUUGGACUUGCCCAAGUCUGAUAGUCUCGUCACCAACUUGGAGCAAUCUCAAUCGAGCAAGCACUUCCUAGAAGCCACAAGGAACAAAGAGGUAAUGCAAGCGAAUCCUGAGCGCAUUGGAAUCCGUCCAGUGGAGAUGGACCUAAUUCAAGACCGCCUUCUCGAGUUUCAAGACCUAUACGAAACCUUCAAAGGCACCCCCGAACCAAUGACGAUUCUCAACAACCAGAGCUCUGGAGAUUUGUACGCCAACUUAUUCAGCAAGUUCCUGACUCCUCCAGGUUACGAUGACUCCUCAGAUGAUCCAACAGGGAUACACAUACAAAUCACCGCGCUCUUGAAGAUACUGAGGCUGAAAGGCGUCUGGUACGACUUCAGUUUGGUGGAGUGGAGGAUAAGAUUGGGUCAGCUACUGUGGAGUGACCCAGAGCCAAUUCCUGAACAUGAAUCGCACCCUCUUUGGACGGAGCGUGAGAUAUUGCUACUCCAGAUUACACUAGCUUGCGAGCUUCUGCUACGACUAGACGCUGUCACGAUACUGGAUGCGAACAACACGGACGAAGAACUCCCUAUUAAGCGCGAGGAUGUCAAGGGAUUUCUUGAGAUCAAGACGCAGAAAAUUGAUUGGGACUUGGUCCUUGCCAGGAGAUUUUUGGAAAACAUACUGGUUGUCAAAGGCAGCGAUACGGCAGAAUCAUCGCAGCCACCGAAGCCGCGUGGACUUUUAUCGCUACUGAGCGCGAGCCCCCAGGCAGAUCCACCAAGAUCAGAUAUGAUUCUGCUGCCGCAACACCAGACACGCCAGCUCGCAGGGCUCUCUUGUUUUGCAGAAACGCUGCGAUGGCCAAAUCUUGAUGUCUUGACAACGGAACUGUCUCAGAAACUAGGUCUACAGGAUGAUUCUGAACAAACAGAGCAACGGCCUUCGUCUAGCGGAAGGCUGCUUGAUAUCACUACUCCCUCGUCAAUCAGCGUGUACGGGACGCCUCUGCAGACACCGCGCUCAGCAAGCCACAUCCCGGACAACUACUUUGGACAUGUGGGCAAGCCCUCUCUUAGCCGCCACAACUCUCGUUCGCUACGAGUGCCACUGUCGCCCUCUCUGUUGUCACGGGAGGAUAGGUCAGUCCCUGCUUUGAAUAACAUCGGUGGAUGGCUCAGUCGCUCCUAUCUGACUGGGCUCGUUUUGCCUGGGGAGGCUAUUUCGCAUUUCCUGAUCUCUACUCUCCUCGAAAACGACAAGUUCGCGAUCGCCAACCUUGGAGAUUCUGCUAACCUGUAUGGGGGCUUUUCCUAUGCGAGUAGAACCUGGUGGAGUGCGAAAUCGAUCGUCGGUCGUGUCCUAGCAUGCGUUGAAGGGUCCACAGAAUGCAUGGGCUGGAUCUCUUGCCCUAAGCUGCCCGACAGCCCUUCCGACCGCUGGCACUCCAUUCAUAGCGAGCAACUUCCCUACGAGGAUCGAUUGCGGACCACAGUUAGCUCAGACUUGGUCGUCCAAGACUCAGCUAUCGCACCCAAAGACGCGUUGACCACAAUCAAGCCCGAAGAUUUCGUUCUACCAUCAGAUUCCGAAUCCGUUCCAGGUCAUUCAAUCACCUUCACAUCCUGGGAACUCACACCGCUCAACCCAGACUUGAUUGACACCGACAGCUUGUCAACCCAACCGACCGAGAUCGAUAUCCAUGUCCCCUCAGUCACCUUUGCCUCCGCUGAUCAGACAGCGAGCCACACGUUUACACUCGCGUACGAUGUACACUUCGUCACUUCCUGGCCGUGCACUACACCCGCUUCGGCUCCAAUGCCAGCCGCGAGUCGACCUAUAAUUCUCAGGCGCUCGCUCACCGAGACACUAUCACGUUCGUCAUCCAAGCGUAGUGAAACGCUAUCGCGACGCAACAGCCAUGGCUUCGAGCCACUCUUAUCACAUCCCCCAGACUCAUCAGAUAUCGCACCAAAACGCAUGUACUCCCCCGACUCAGAGGACGGAGUGGAUUCAUCAUCACUCAUAGGCAAGCCGCUGAAUGCUCAUCUUCUGCACAUAUCCUAUUUACACAAGAUUGUGCCGGUGGCUGACGUUUUGGAUCCUGCCUUUAUACUGCCAUUUGCAACGUACGCCUCUGGGUCAGCGCCACGUUUGACCUCCUCAUCACCAGAUCACGGGAACGAGAUGGACGCGAAUCUAACCGACAGGAAGGCCGUUCUCGUCCUCGACGCGCGAGGUUCGUCAGACCUGCAGCUUCUCGCGCGAGCUUGGUGUGCAGAAAAAGGGUUUCACGCCAUAGUUGGCAGAGUCCAACGCACUUGCUUGGCUUGCUGCAUCCGCGAAGCGCGUGGUUUAGGCGUUAAUGUUGUGAUUCGGGUGUAA